AUGUCAACUUUUACCCUCCCAAACACACAAGUAACCGUCAAGCUCUGCGAUGACCUCACCCGAGAGCAACUCCUAGAAUUCCCGGCCUUCAAGAUCUGGCUGCACCGCCUCCAAACCUCCCUCUCUCUCCAACACACAAACCCGUCCCACACCUUCCACUCCUCCCCCUACACGCUCCGCUCCCUCACAAUCCAAUCCCUCGACCGAUUCGGCUCCUCCCGCAUCGGUUUCAUCAAGCUCUCCGCAUUCAUAACCAACAGCGCUUCCGAAUCGCUCCCCGGCGCCGUCUUCCUACGCGGCGCCAGCGUCGGCAUGCUCGUCGUGCUGCAGCCCGACGACCUACCGCGUGGGAGCGAGGCGGAGAAAUACGUGCUGCUGACGGUACAGCCGCGGGUCGCGGCGGGGAGCCUGGAGAUGGUGGAGUUGCCCGCUGGGAUGGUGGAUGACGGCACGUUUGUGGGGACUGCGGCGAAGGAGAUCAAGGAGGAGCUGGGGCUGGAUAUACCGGAGGGUGAGCUUGUGAACAUGACGGAACUUGCGAUUCCUGGGAGUGAAAAAGGGGAUGAGGGACUGCCGAGAGCUAUGUAUCCUAGUGCUGGGGGGUGUGAUGAGUGUAUACCGCUGUUUUUGCACGAGAAGAGGGUGCCGAGGGGGACGUUGAGUGAGUGGACGGGAAGAUUGACGGGGUUGAGGGAUCAGGGGGAGAAGAUUACGUUGAAGCUGGUUAGGAGGGAGGAUUUGUGGUGGCAGGGAGCCAGGGAUGCGAAGGCGUUGGGGGGCGUUGGCUCUUUGGGAAGGACUGAAACGUAA